ACGGCCGGGCCGGGGGGCGGCGGCGCGGCCCCAGGAAGGGCGUUCGUGGCCGCCCGCCGUGUCGGGGACGAGGCUCCGGGUCGCCCGUGCUCUCGGCCCGGCAGCUGUCUGUCCCGGGGCCUCCGCACGGGGCCUCGGCGAGGGCUGCCCUCACCCGUGUGGAAGCUCGGGAUUGGGGUUCUCUGUCCUGGGGAGGCGCCGACCCGGAGGGGCGGAGAACGAAGUCUGUGACCGCGCAUGGGGAGGGACGGCGUCGGUAACCUGCGCGAGGUGGCUGUGACCGAAGCAGCUGUGGCGGUGAAGGAGAAAACCGACAUAGAAGGGACCUUAUUUGUGUACAAAAGGUCAGCUUCUCCUUAUCAUGGUUUUACGAUAGUGAAUCGUCUGAACAUGCACAACCUGGUUGAACCAGUUAACAAAGACUUGGAGUUUCAGCUCCAUGAACCUUUUCUUCUUUACAGAAACGCUAGCUUGUCAAUUUACAGUAUCUGGUUUUACGACAAGAAUGACUGUCAUCGAAUAGCAAAACUCAUGGCUAAAGUGGUAGAACAAGAAGCUCAGAGAUCACAGCAAGUUUCCCAAGACAGAAAAAGUCCCAGCAGAACCAAUGGCUGCAAUGAAAACAGGCCCAUUGACAUCCUGGAAAUGCUUAGUAAAGCCAAGGAUGAAUAUGAAAGAAAUCAGAUCAGUGACUUAAGCAUGACACCAAGCUCUGGAAUGCAACAAAAUGCAAAUACUCCAAAGCCAGAAAGCGUAGAGUCUUCAGAACAAAAAACUUCAUUACAAGUGCAAGAGCAGCCAUUUCAGUCAAGGCAGAAGCAUCUGACUUUGGAGGAACUAUUUGGAACCUCUGUACCAAAGGAACAGCCCACAGCUCCAUAUCCCAAUCCAGAGAGAACAGAGAAGUUGCAGACUGACACCUCUGCCAGAGAGCAGCAUAGUUUGCUCUUGCCUUUUUCCUUUGACCAGUCAACAGUCAUACAACAAUCUCUAGGGAAAUCUGAAAGUCCAAGUAUUAAAGCCAGUGCCAAUCCUUUGAAUCAACAAGAAUGUUUAACACCUAUACUAAUACCUCCAGCUUCAGUUUCCCAGCCUGAUAUAAAGAGUGUUUCAAGCUAUUCAGUACGUUUAAGCCCUAUUCUUAAUUCAACCUCGACAAUGGAAGCUGCCCCACCUCAGAUGCUUCCUGGCCUAAAACAAAGCAACAGUAUAAUGCAAGUCAUGCAGCAAGCUGCCAAGCAGAUAUCCCCACUAGUGAACCAGCCACCAUCUGAAGUGAACCACGCUCCACAAAAUCUCAUGGCUGGCCAAAGCCAGCUUAUAGCACCCUUGACAGCAACAAACACAGGAACUGUCUCAAGUACAUCCCAUACAAGUGUUGAUCUUCUCCAGAAACUCAGGUUGACCCCACAGCAUGACCAAAUGCAACAGCAGCCUCUCACUAAGACUUCCAUAACACCAAGCAUCUCUGCCUCGGUUGGCCAGCUUGCAACACCAGAAAGCUUCAAAGAAUCUCACAGUAAGCCAUCAACUUUGAACAGCAAGAUAAUCUCUCCCCUUCAGACUGUACAACAAAACAAGGAAUCAGAAGUAUUUCCACAGUCAAAGACUUUGUCUAAAGCAAAUCAAGCCGCACCUCCGCAGUUUGUUACAGCCACAACUACAGUAACGCCUUCGAUCCUCUUGUCUCCUAGUGUUUUUCAGCAAUCAGCUACAAAAGCCACUGAAGUGGAAAAUAAAGUCAAUUCUUCUUCACCUUUAACACUUGGAACAACAGAAAUUCAGACUAUACCUCCUACUGUUCUUAGUAGAUCUCAGCUUCAAGAAGCACUGAUACAUCUAAUAAAGAAUGAUUCCCGUUUUCUCAGCACUAUUCAUGAAGUCUACUUGCAAGUCCUAACCAAGAAUACAGACAAUAUUAAGCUAUAAUUGAAGCUAAAUUUACUUUAAAAUACAUCCAUUUUAGAAACAAUUAUGCCUCGUCUAUACAACUAAUAUUUUUGUAAAAGAAUAUUUAGUUUUCAACGUCUUGAAUUUGAACCUGUUAGGAAAGACUAUUCUUUAAAUACUUAUGAAAGUAAUGUUCUCAGAAGUGAUCUAGGUUUUCACUGUGAUCAUCACCAGCAAACCUUUGAUUUUAUUGGGGAAGGAACUUAAUUUGCAUUUGAGCUCUCAUUAGCAUUAAGGGAAUGUGCAAAUGUUUGCUCUGGCUUUCAUUCCUAGCUGUAUUCACUGUCCAAGGAUUAAAGACUAAAUACUAUUUAAACCAGCAAAUACAUAGUACAGUACACUACACCACAGCAGAACAAAAUUCAGUUGUAGGAACCUAACUCCAGUUUAAAAGGCUGAGGGAAAGGAGAGUGAAUUGCUUUGUGAUUAAGUUGGCAGUUGUGGGGAAGCCAGGAAGCCUGGAAGCCAGGCCUUUGGAGCUAAAUCUUUAACUGAAUGUUUAAAACUUGAUUUGCUUGAUAUGUUGCAAUACAUUGACAGUCUCUAGCUAAUGCACAAAAAUUCAUCUUUUCAAUAUCCCAUUAAUCUUAUUAGCUUCUGUGUCUCUGACAUUAAACAGAUAUCCAAAUGAGUAAGACCACUUUCUCUAAAAAUGCAAAAUCCUCAGUGAUUGUAUUUUUUUUCUUUCCUUAAGCAACAGAGUAGUUCUGUUGCAUGUUGAAGUUUCUUGUUUUAAACUUAUAGUUAGGAGACCACCACUGGAAGACCCUCUUACUGUUCAUCAGGAUUUGGUAUAACUUAUACUUUGUUUCCCUUUUAGCAUACAAAUGCAUGCUUUUCUUCUGUUGGCCUGUCCUCAGAUUGUUAGCACAUACUUCAUAGUCUGAGGUUUAUCUAAUUAAAAUGCUAUUGUUUUUUAUAUGUGAUGUAGUAAUUCACUAAUGUAAGAAUUUAACUGGAUUCUUUUCCACUUGCAAACAGAAAAUUUCUAAUUGUAGUUUCUUACGCUGCUGUGUCAGUUUGCCCAUGGCUGUUAUUUAUUUCAAGGCAUGCAAAGGUAAUUUAAUAUUAAGACUUCAGGUCCCAACUUCCUCCAGCAAUAGCAAUUUUAAAGGAUACUUUUCCAGUAUAAAAGCUUUGGUUUGUUGAGUCAAAAGAUAAUCUGUAGUGAGUUACGAUGCACUGCUUCUUUCUUUUCCUUCAAGCACUAUUGAAAUAUGAAGAAAAAAAUUGUUUGGCUCCUUACAACAUACAUGUAUGUAUAUAUAGUCUAAGGAUUAGUUAACGUUGAUGUAGACAAGGUGCAUGGUCAUUUCAUUGGAAACUAGUAAUUAAGCUUUAAUUGUGACUUGUUCACAAGUCGGUAUGUUUUAGAUGCAACAAAUAUUUACAUUUUUAUGUAUUUGAUCUAUUUUAGUUUUUUCAUAGCUUUUAGUGGAAUAUAUAUGUUGUUUAGCACUACCUGCCUUCUGAAAAGCUCUUCUCAGCCUUUGAAUUCAGUGUUUUCAGUUAAAAUAUAUAGUAUUUGAUUAGAAAAAUGUACAAGAUUCAGGGAAGGAUGCUAAUGUCAUGCACAUUCAUCAAGAAAUAUCUUGGCUUUAACAGUAGCAUUUGAAUUCAGCAAUAUAAACACAGCCUUGUUAAGGAAGAUAAGAACUUCCUGCUUAAAUUCUAGAGUUCUAAUACUGUGUAUGUACAUAAACAAUAAGACUCAAAUUAGGUCUAAAUUAAUUUUUGUUAGAUAUUUUGAGAAAGAAGUUUCACUAAAAGGGCCAAACCAACAAGAGCAGUUCCUCUCAACAAAAAAUGGAUAGCCUAAACCAAAUAGAGAGUUGCUUUUUUUGUGGAUUUAGCAAAGAUGAAGUGAGUUCUCACUUUUGUGGACAGCUUCCAGUUUCUUCAAAGAAAGACUGGAUAAGAAUUUCUAAGAUUAGGAAUACCAGAAGCUGAUAGUGCAUGUAUGUACAGUUUGCUGAAUACAAUCAUAUCCAAAGAUCUAUAGAAAUGAGAAGAAGGAGUUGUAUUUUGAGUUCUUCAGUCACAGUUGCCAAUAGUGAUACUGUUCAGAGCAGCAAUGCUGAUACAAGAGUUUGACUCUACUUUGAAUAUCCUUGUUUCCAGCUGUCCGGGAAGUUUGAGCAGUUGACAGAUACUUACUUUACUUUGGUUGUGUAGUAUACUAGUAGCAAUACAUUAUUGGUUUACUUCUCCCCCCACCUACCUAACUUUAAAAAUUACUUGGUAGAGAAGCAGAGUUGAAAUCAUAGUUACUAGGCAGGCAUUUUUUUACAAGCAAACUGUCGAUCUUCAAGACCUGCACACGUUUGUUCUGACCUCUCUUUGUUUAGCCAACAGACACCGUAACCAGUCUAGGUGUCAUCCCAUGCACUGCAGAGAUGUGUGACAAGUGCCAGAGUAGUAGGUUUAACAGAUAAACCUCUUAAAUGAGAAGUUGCAUUGUAAAACCCAAGCUCAACCACAGGUUAAAACUUGUGAGGGUUUUUUAUGUGGACUGUGUUAUUUGACUACCUUUUUUCCUUAUUAUUUUAAGUUUUUGUAUAAAUCUAAAAUUACCAGCUUGUCAAAGUGAUUGAGUCGCCUUAUCCACACGUAGGGGUAAGUGGUGUGUUGCAAAUUACUGUGGGCCAUCCCAAGAAAUUUUGACCAUUUUGAAGUGAGGAUUUUUUUUGUAAAACUACUGGCUUAAUGGGAUUUUACCUGUUAGUUUUGAGAAUUACAGAUUAUCAGUUUAAACUAUACUCCCGAAAUUAAUAGUAUUGUCUAAGCAUGUGUUUUGUGGCUAGCAUUGUCACUUAAGAAAAAACCUAAAAAUAAACCAGGAAACCUCAGACCUAAUCAAAGACAGUUUUAAAACCUACAGCUGCUGAAUUGUUCAGGAAAAUCAAAAUUCUCAGUUUUGUAGUUAGAGUUGAUGUGCUGUUAUUUAAUAAUGCAAAGUUUCUAUGAAAGGUGCCUAACAGCUAUUAACUUAGAAGCAGUAUCUUUCUAAAUUAAACAAGAUUUGCAGAAUGAUUGAAUAUAGUUACAAAAAAAUAAAUUAUUUACCUUGAUUUCCUAUAAAACAUUUAAUUCUGUGUUUAAGUUACUCAACGUAACACUGCUGGAUGUAUCUCAUUUUUGCUUGCAUUUCUACUUGCUUCCUUUUGGUGUACUUCUGAACCCCAUUAUGCCAAUGUGUAAUCACUGAUAGAAAUUCUGAAAUAUUUCUUAAAACAAACUUUAAUUUGUGACUUCUCAUUUUUAAAAGUAUUCUAAACAAAUUGGCCACCUUUUUGCCAGGUAUUUGAGUUGCUUUGUACAGCAUAUCUUAAUAGGAGGAAUGUGUGCAAUAUGUAUCACCUCAGUUUUGUCUGGCAACAUUAUGAAAAUGUUAAGAUGCAAUAUCUUUCCUUUCACUUCAAGUUGGAAAAAUUGCAGUAUCUCUAAUUUGGUGGUGUAUUUAUUUUUCUCUCUUCAGUGUAUGGGCAUAUGGUUAGUUAGGUUUUUAUAUGUAUGUUACGUGCUUUUAGUAACUUCUGAGUUUUAUCAUUUUGUGGAUGCACUAGUUGUACCCAUUUGCACGAUCUUUCAGUAAGAAGACCAUGCUGAAGGAAAGACUUCUGGAAACCGGAAUGGGAACAAUUGUAAGUCAGUAAAUGUAGAUACUGCAUCAUUAACAUUUUUGGUAUGGUAUGGAUUUUAUAGCACCUAUGUAUGUUUGCAGUUAUUAAGUUAUUGCAUAAAUGUUUAAGAAUAAGCAUUUUUUCAUCCAAAAUUUUGUAUGUUUGCAAAUAUAUUUUUGUAAUAAAACUUCAAAACAAAUGU